GAAUAAAAGGAAGGUGGUUUUGCCAUUAAUGGUGGAUUCAAACGAGUUUUCGUCAAGUAGAACAAAAAGGGCAAGAGGAAGAAGAAGCUUAGCUUGCUUUGGUUGGCGUUGUUGUUAUUUUCAUGGCUACCGGUAGAGGCAACAUGAACCACUCCAUCCAACUACAACAAAACCAUCACAACCACCAUCAUCAAAAUCAACAGCAGCAAAUACAAGAGCAUAAUCAACAUCAUCAUCAAAAUCAGAUUCCUUAUGAAAUGAUGCAAUCAUCUUCUGUUCCAGGAAACUUCAUAAGCAAAGAUACAGGAGCUUAUGAUCUGGGUGAAUUAGAUCAAGCCCUUUUUCUCUACCUUGAUGGACAAGAACCCUCCAUUAUUCAAGACCAAAGGCAAAACUGUGUGAUGAGGCCGCCGACGCUGAACAUUUUCCCUUCACAGCCGAUGCACGUUGAGCCACCACCAUCAUCAUCAACAAAAACAAGUACAGGAUUAGCUUCUCCAUCAACUACUGGUUCAAAGAGACCAUCAGAGCCGUCCGUGGAGUUGGCCAACCCCAAAACUGAUGCUUCUGCUUCUGCUCCGAAUCAGUCAGCUAAAGCUGUCAAGCGUGAGGCGAAUCGAAAAGGGCCAACUUCAAGUUCAGAGCAGGAAGGACCUAAAACACCAGACCCUAAGACAUUGAGAAGACUUGCUCAGAAUAGAGAGGCAGCAAGGAAAAGCAGGCUGAGAAAAAAGGCUUAUGUUCAGCAAUUAGAAUCAAGUAGGAUUAGGCUUACACAACUGGAACAAGAGCUUCAUAGAGCCAGAACUCAGGGCAUGUUUUUUGGGGGUGGUAAUAUCUUAGCAGGAGAGCAAGGCCUUCCUGUUGGUAUUAACAACAUAAGCUCAGACGCUUCAGUGUUUGACAUGGAGUACGCACGAUGGGUAGAAGAGCACCACCGACUGAUGUGCGAGCUUCAAGCGGCGGUUCAGGAGCACUUACCGGAGAACGAGCUGCGGAUGUUCGUGGACAACUGUUUAGCACAUUUCGACGAGAUGAUGAACCUAAAAGGGAUGGUGGCGAAAACCGAUGCGUUCCACCUUGUGUCCGGCAUGUGGAAGUCUCCAGCCGAACGCUGCUUCAUGUGGAUUGGUGGAUGUCGACCUUCUGACCUCAUCAAGGUCAUAGUGAACCAGAUUGAGCCAUUGACGGAGCAGCAGAUAAUGGGCAUAUGUGGGUUGCAGCAAUCCACACAGGAAGCCGAGGAGGCUCUAUCACAAGGCUUGGACGCUUUGAAUCACUCUCUUUCUGAUAUUAUAACAUCUGAUUCACUCAGCUGCCCUCCUAAUAUGACUAACUACAUGGGCCAAAUGGCCAUCGCCAUCAACAAGCUUUCCACCCUCGAAGGUUUCGUUAGACAGGCAGAUAAUCUGAGGCACCAAACAAUCCAUCGGCUGCAUCAGAUACUGACGACCCGUCAAGCUGCAAGGUGUUUGCUGGCCAUUGCUGAGUACUUUCAUCGCCUAAGAGCUCUCAGCUCUCUCUGGUUGGCUCGACCUCGCCAGGAACAAUAGAAGAAACCCUAGCAUUAUUUUCGUCUUCCUUUGAUAUUUUCCCUAAGAUUUCUACAUAUAGAU